UGCUGUCCCCUCAACGCUCUGAAAGCCAACUCUGGCUGAACGAGAAGCAAAAUAGUCUUGUAAUAUCAAUGAAAUGCCAUUUUCAGUCUGUAACAUUUUGUUAAACUGCACGGCGGGGAAGUUGGAGCGCAUCCUGCUCUCGGGCUAGAUAACACUCGCACUUCCCACCACUGAAUGAGAAGGUGGGAAAUCAAGUGGUGAGAAGACAAAAAGGACACACAGCUCCUCCACAGUGGACACAGGGCGAUUUCCACCUGGCACAUGUCUUAAUGGAACAAAUGUGGAUUCUUUGGGAGCAGCCGAGCAGGGCAUGGCUUUAAGCAGACUCCUGCUGCUCUGUAUGGUAGCCUCUGAGGUGUGGGAUGCUGAGACCAAACCCAUAGAAUUUGUGUGUAAUAAAGGCGCCAGGAGGGCUAUGAAUAUUGUGGCAGAGGUGGAGAGAGCACUGUCCACCUAUUUGUCUGGCUCCUGUCACCUGUCUCCUCCCUUGCAGAGUGACUGUAACAGCUCCGCGACCCUCCCCACACCAGUCCAGCUCCCCUGUACCGAGCUUCAUGUAGCAUCCUGGGGAAACAAAUCACACCAGGAGAAGAGAGGUGACAUAGUUGCAUCCUUGAGGCUUCUUAUCGAAGGUGUGAAGGUUGUGAGGGCCCCAGGCCAGGCAGGAUGUGCCACUUUGCUACUGCAGAGACUGGAGAACAACAUCAACAAUUACCUGCUUAUUCUCACAAACCUUCAGCUGAGUCAGGGGCCAGUGGUGAGUCCAGCAAUGUCCUGUGUUCCUCGAGGCACCCAGAGUCUGCACACAGUCCUGUCGAGUUACAACCAACUGCUCUCAGGCAAACUGGAGCGGUUCAUGGUUAACCUGCAAGACAGAUGCAUUUCCCAGUGACACAAGAGCAACUUAAGUGGAUGCAGUGUUCUUUACAAACUGGGGGAUGAGCUCCAGUGGGACAAUAAAAGAAGAAUGAAAAUCCAUCAGAGAAAAACAGCCAAUGUGAUCUGGAUAUUCUCCUCACCUUGUUGCCUUUAUCAAAUUUCAAAUUUAGGGAAUGUUUUCUUUAGUAGUGACACUGUAAGAUUAAAAUGAAGUAAUACAUGCUUCUCUGCUGGUCAUUAAGAGGAACUACAGCCGGGAAGGACAGAAGUUAAAGGCAGCAAUAUGUUUGCAAUGAUAAUAUUAAGGGACAAAAUAAUGCAUGAUGGGAGUGAGGUGUUUUGUAUCAUACCACAUAAAACUAGGGAAGCUUUAAAUUUGGUUGUAGGCCCAUAGAACCAAUGCAAGUCUAUGAAAGCAAUCAUUGUUUUCUGGCCAGAUUUGUAGUCUCCCAUCAGUCUGUCUCUCUGUUGUCCACCUAUUUGUCUGGCUUCUGUCACCAAUCUCCUCCCUUGCAGAGUGACUGUUAAGGCUCGGCAACUCUCCUCACACCAGUUCAGCUACCCUGUACCAAGCUUUUUGUAGCAUCCUGGGGAAACAAAUCAGUAUGUUGGCACAUGUAUGAGUCCACAAGCAUCUACCACAAUGGUUUUCUCACUUGCUUACUGUUGGUUUGAGUGGUUUAGCUUGCCUUUGCUUAUAUCCACUAACACAUUCCAUUACAUUUCGUUUUCAAUAUCUGUAAAUUUCAAACUUGUUAAAUGUUUGCUUUUGUAUAGUGUGACUCUUUAAGAGUAAAAUGAAGUAAUACACCCUUCUCUGCUGGUCAUAGAGAGGAACUACAGCUAGACAAGACAGCAAUAUGUUUGCAGUGAUAAAAUUCAGUGACAAAUGAAUGUAUGACAUGAACGCAGUUGUUUGUAUCAUUCUACAUUAAACUAGGGAUGCUUAAAUUUGGUUGUAGGCCCACAGGACUAAUACAAGCCUACAAAAACAAUGUUUUAAUGCCAGAUUUCUUUUGCUCCUUUGUCAGCAGUACAAAGGUCUUGCAAAGUGGCUGGAAACUCACUGCCCAUAUCCAGAGCCAAAACAGUUUUAUUUUCAUUCUGGUAUUUAUGCAAAUACUGCUAGACCGUCCUUGCACAUUAGCUGAAUUUAAAAAAACACACAUACAUUUUGGUAUGAAUUUAGAAAGCAAAUCUAGUUUAUUCUCAAUGCACUUUUAGAUCUUUUCUGUUUACAUUUUAUUUUUAAAUAUUUCCUGUAGAUGUGUGCACAUUUCUAUGCAUUGCUUUUUUCUAAUUCAGGAAAUCUGUUAGAUUUACUUGUGAAUUUCUUUGUGUAAAUAAAUACCCUGAUUUUGCAUUUAAGAGGACAUUUUUGCUACACUAAAUACUGAUACAUUUAUUAUACAAAAACACAAUAUGUAAUA